AUUCGCGAUAGCCUCUAAUCGUUGAUCUCAAAUCUAGCACCGAGCACUGUGCCACCAAAAAAAAGGUGAAGAAACGAACCAAAAGAGAACAUGGAGUAGGCGCACGCACCCAUCUAGCAGCCUCACGCUUUUUCUUUGAUGGCUUCACGUUUCCACCGGAGUAUUCAUUCAUUGCACGAUUGAAAGAGCCAGCAAAGUCAUGGCGUCAGACAACACACAGCGAAGCUACACGAUCAUCCCCUGCUUCAUCUUUGUCGAGCUUGUCAUCAUGGCUGGGACGGUCCUGCUGGCCUACUACUUUGAGUGCACGGACACCUUUGGCAUCCACAUCCAGGGCUUCUUCUGCAACGACGCUGACCUGAUGAAGCCCUACCCUGGCGUGGAGGAGAGCAGCUUCGUCCCCCCCCUCAUCCUCUACUGCGUGGUGGCAGCUGUCCCUACCGGCGUGAUCUUCAUCGGGGAGAUGUCCAUGUUCAUCAUGAAGUCCACUCGGCACAGCCUGCUGCUCCAGGAGAAGACCAUAGUGACGGGCGAGUGCUGCUACCUCAACCCCCUCAUACGCAGGAUCAUCAGGUUCAUCGGUGUCUUUGCUUUUGGCCUCUUCGCCACGGAUAUCUUUGUCAACGCCGGCCAAGUCGUCACGGGCAACCUGGCGCCGUACUUCCUCAGCGUGUGCAAGCCCAACUACACGGGCACCGAGUGCCGCUUCAACCACCAGUUCAUCGCCAACGGCAACAUCUGCACCGGCAACCAGGCGGCGGUGGAGCGGGCGCGGCUGUCGUUCCCCUCCAAAGAGGCCUCCCUCAGCGUCUACUCCGCCGUCUACGUCACCAUGUACAUCACGAGCACCAUAAAGACCAAGAGUAGCCGCCUGGCCAAGCCAGUACUGUGUCUGGGGACGCUGUGCGCCGCCUUCCUCACCGGACUCAACCGCGUGUCCGAGUACCGGAACCACUGCUCCGACGUCAUCGCCGGCUUCAUCCUCGGCAGCUGCGUUGCUCUCUUCCUGGGGAUCUGCGUGGUGAAUAACUUCAAAGGGGCGCAUGCGACUCCGUCCAAACAGAAGAGCGAGGAUUACCGCGGCCUGCCGCUCAUGACCUUCCCACGCGUAGAGAGCCCUCUGGAGACACUCAGCGCACAGAACCAUUCAGCAUCAAUGACUGAAGUCACAUGACUAAAGGGACAACACCGAGUGACCUUUGCUUCCCCACAACACUUCUAGGCACAAAUGUUUUUGUACUGUGUCAUACUGUAUAAAGGACAGUAUUCUGAUGUUCCUAGUUAGAGGCCAAUGUUUUGUACAUUUUGUAUAAGAGAGUGUUGUAGCUUAAUCCCCUAAUUAUGUUAGCUCUGGGCUAGGAGAACAGUACAUGUCGGGACAUAUGCCUUUCUGGUCAUGUUUUACAUCACAAAGUAAAUAUAUAUAUAAAUAUAUACAGUCUAUAUAAUGUCAUCGAAAUGUUGAUGUUGUUUACGUGGUAUUUGUACAAAGAAUUUAUUUUAUUUCCUUUAUUUCUGUACAUUUUUGACAAAGGGUCAUAUUUUGUAUUAUUUUCUUAUCUGUAUAAAACAUUUUGAUCCAAUUUGCCUGCAGUUGUUUUCAGGAAUGUUUUCGUAUUUCUAUUUUUGGUGUAACGGAAAAAAAACACACUAUGGAUCGUGACAAGUGACUUUUGUUUUGCCAGUUUAAAUGGCCUUUACUCAGCAUGAAAUUGCAGAACUGUUUCAAUAGCCAGUGAUCCCUAACUUGUAGAUCUUUCUUUUUUUUUUUUUUAUAAGUUAGCAUUUCUUUUGGAAUGCUAGAUAUAUUUUUCCUCGGUUUGUCCACUGAAUAAAUAGUCUGUAGCUGA